UCAAAACUGCGUGAAGUUCAAGAUCAGAUACGAUCUCUAAAAAGUAAUGAACAUAUUGGACUUUCCACUUCAAAAUCUCUAAAAAAUAGGGAACGACCUCAACAUGCUACUUCAAAGUCAUCAAAAAGCUUCCAUAAAGGGCAUCGAGAUUUAAUUAUUAAAGAACUUCAAAGAUUAAAAUCAUCUUUUUCUUCCGGACUUCCUCAAGAUAAAUAUAUAACGCUUAAUAUAAUUGGUUUUGGAGCACAAGCAAAAGUUUAUUCGGUAAAAGAAAAGGAAACUGGAAAAAUAUAUGCUUUAAAGAAAACGCACUUAAAAGUUAAUAAUUAUAAAGGGAUUAUACAAGAGGCGGAGUUGCUUUUUAAGUUGAAUCACGAAAACUGUAUUAAAGUAGAAGCCGUUUAUUAUACAAGCGAAGCUUUUUGGUUAUACAUGGAGUUUGCUGAUUUGGGAUCUCUUGUUCAUCUUAUUGAACAUUCUCCUCUCGACGAAGCAGUGCUUUCUUCUCUCGUCCUUCAGCUUCUUCACGGGCUCGACUAUAUUCAUUCUUUAGGCGUUACGCAUCGGGAUUUGAAGGCUUCAAAUAUAUUAUUAACUUCUCUUGGCGUUGUUAAACUUGCCGAUUUUGGAAUUGCGUGUCCUGAAAAUAAUAAAUCUGAACUCGAUAAAAAUAUAACAGGCUCUGCUUACUGGAUGGCGCCCGAAGUUAUAGAAAAUAUUGAUACGACGAGUUAUUUUCCUCCGACGUGCGAUAUUUGGUCGCUGGGCAUUACUAUAAUCGAACUUUUCGAGCAGCGGCCUCCACUUUUCGAGCUAAAGCCUCUUAAUUGUCUUUAUAGAAUAGCCGAAGAAACUUAUCAUCCUUUUUUUAAAUUCCCUGAGAAAAUAUCGGAAGAACUAAAGUCUUUUGUUUCCACGUGCUUAAGUAGAAAUCCUGAUGAGAGGCCUGCAGCUUCUUUUCUUUUAAAACACAACUUUUUAAAGAAGCCGGAAGCAUAUACACAAUUACGGAACUACUGUAGUAACAUAAGCACGACUUUAAUAAGAACACCUUCUAAUCCCUCUGCUAAACUUCUUCAACAAAGAAAAAAUACCAAAGCACAACAACUUACCAAUAAAAAAGAUAAUGUUUUGGUUGUUUAUCCUUCGGGGAGAACUUUGUAUAUUCUUAUAGAACCUAAAUGGACAACUGCGGAUUUAAAAAAAGAAGCUCUUAAAGAUGUUCUUUUACAUUACGAAAAUUGUGUUUUAUAUUAUCGUGCAAAAGGAAGAACUACUAGUUGGAUCCUUCAGGAGGACGAGGUUAUUAGCCAUUUACUUCGAGAAAAUGAGAAGCAUUUUGAGGAGCACAUGUCUAUCAGACGAAAAAUAGAAGUGGCGGGAGUUUUUCAGUUGUUUAUAAAACCUUGUUUGCCCGCCAUAAACAUUAUGGAAGAAUUAUUUUCGUUUCUUUCCAAAAGCGAAAGUAAACCCGAUGAAGAGACGACUGACGGGCUUAUCCAACUUUUUAAUAAACGCCCACUCCGAUUGGCUCAUCAUUUAUUAAGACUAAUUGAUUUGGAUAGUUCACUGGACUCUGCGCUGUUUGCUUGUUUGGUCCAGUUGAAUUCUUUCAAUAAUUCUUUAGAGGACCUUAUCAUAGAAACUGCUGAGUUUGAGCUCGCAACAUUGAUUGACUGCAAUGCAAUUUUGAGAGGCAAAAGCGUUUCAGGAAAUCUUAUAAGCGAAUAUAUAAAAUGGACUUGUUCGGAUUGGAUGAAAUUGGUGCUGGCGGAGCCGUUGCCGUUGUUAUUUUCCAUUAAGCACUCGAUAGAGCUAACCAAACCGAAAACAGCGAAAUCGGAUUUAAAAAAAAACGUCGAAAUUGUAGGAAACUUGAAAGAUAUUAUCUUCAAGUCGUUUUUAUCCAAUCUGAACUGUUUGCCAGCCGAAGCAAAAAACUUAAUAGUAAGUCUGGAGAUUUUAGCAAGGAAUGCAGGCGUACCGGCCUAUAAUGUGGUAAAGUAUAUUCUUUUUGAUAAACUUCUCAUUCCUGCACUUCUCUCUCCUGAAAAUUUUGGAAUUGUAUUUGAAAUUCCACCGGCCGGCCAACAAACGUUGACUUUCAUUACUUCCGUUGUGAGCGCUGUAGUCUCUGGAAAGCCAAUCACCGGCCAUUAUUUGAAGUUGUUAAACGAGCGUAUUGAAUUUCAGAACAAAGAAGUGGAUUGUUUACUAGCAAAAAGUUUCGAGUCUUUUCAAGGAGAAUCCAAAAUAACUCCUUAUCGAAGAAAAAUCUAUAAUAAGACUGAAAUUUGCGAAUCUUUUUUAAAUGUUUUGAAUUCCUGCCAAAAACAAAUCCGGUUGCAACUGGGAUAUAAUAAAAAAAUAAAAUAA